AUUUUGUCCCUGAUUCCCUCGGCAUCGUUCUCCAAAAUCCGCAAGUUGGCGCCCUAAAUUCUGCCAUCCGAGUUGGAGAGAAGCAAAUACGCAAUGAAACAGCACUCUGCUUGGAACUUUACGAAGACCCCCGUCAAGUUCAAGAUUCCGACUGCUGACAAUCUAGUUCCAAUCCGUCUAGACAUUGAAAUCGAUGGCCAGCGACUUAGAGACGCAUUUACAUGGAAUCCAUCUGAUCCUGAUACAGAGGUGGUGCUAUUUGCAAAAAGAACUGUAAAAGACCUGAAACUUCCCCCAGCUUUUGUCACACAGAUUGCUCAGUCCAUUCAAUCACAACUGGCAGAGUUUCGAUCAUAUGAGGGACAAGAAAUGUUCACUGGAGAAAAAGUUGUUCCUAUAAAGCUUGAUCUUCGAGUUAACCAUACUGUGAUAAAGGACCAGUUUUUGUGGGACUUGAAUAAUUUCGAGAGUGACCCUGAAGAAUUUGCAAGAAAUUUUUGCAAAGAUAUGGGAAUUGAAGACCCAGAAGUUGGACCUGCAAUUUCCAUUGCGAUCAGAGAACAACUUUAUGAAAUUGCUAUUCAGAGUGUUGCAUCAGCAAGGGAAAGCAGAAUGCAUAAGAAGGGGCGCAGAGGAUUUGAACAUUUUUCUGCCAGUAAGGCAGGUGGAGCUGGAGUGGACUUGGUUAAGUUAUUUGGCAAUAAAACCAGUGUUGUCCGGAAAAGGAGGGAAUGGGAUGUAUAUGAACCUAUUGUUGAUCUCUUGUCGAAUGAGGAAGUGGAUGCUCUCGAGGCAAGAGAAGAAAGGAGUGCUCGAUAAUCUGCAAGAUUGUACAAAGUCUGUACAUGUGAAUCUAGACUACGUAUCCAGCAUAUCUGCCCAUCAGGUGGACUUCCUGCCUAUCAUCUAGCAUGAUCAUUCACCUGCAACAACUCUCAAUUACAAACAUGUUUUUUCCCCUAUAGAUAUCAACUUUCAUGAACCGAUGGAUGAAUAGAUUAGCAUUUAGGCCUUCCAAGUUCCAUCCUCUAAACAUUUAUAUGUGGAAUGUGGAUCCAAGUUAGUAUCUUUAAAUUAUGUUUGUAUGCCUAUGCAGAAAGGAUUGUAAGUUGUUAGUUGUGUUAGUCAUAUUUUCUGUUUAUUCUUAUU